UAAAAGUAGUUAGGAUGGUUGGAAAAGUGGAAUGAGUUCUACCACCGAAGGCAAGAGACUAGCACAUCGAUUAUUUGGAUAUACAACAUCUAAAUGAAAAAGAAUAUAACUUCAGAGGAAACUCUUCAGAGAAUCGAUCGGAACCACAGUCUUGCUUACUUUGUUGUGCUCUGGGUCAGGCUUUGAGACAAAGGCCCAACGUGAACGUCAGUGACUACAGGAAAAAUGCACAGAGGACCUCAGCAUCUUUUUUUGCAGGAUUAGAGCAAAGGAUACUGAUAAGGCAGUUCAAUCUGUUCAUUCGAAAAUUUUUGCCUCAAAGUUUUGGUUUCAAAUUUUGACAGUUUAUUGCUCUUCAGUAAAUGCACAUUUUGAGGCCUGUUUUGAAGUUGAAAGCAACUUUUCUGUCAUCCAACGCAUGGGGAGCCUGUUCAGCAUUCAUCUGUGCCGUGGGAGUAUGGUUUUAAGUGUCUUGCUGGAGUGGAUCUCUUUUAUAAACAGAAGUACUAAAUUAAUUGCCCGUUACGAUGCAGAGGAGUAAAAUCUUUGCUUUCAUGAUUAUACUUACAUCUGGAGUCUGGUGUGCACCUGUAAAUGACACACAGGGAUGUGACAUCAACCACCCCGAUGCCAUCACCAACGUAGAUUCCAUUGUGAUUAAGUUCACCACGACGGGCAAAGAGUGUGCAUUUGGAGUGACAAACAGAAACACCAGUGGUGACCCAAAAGUAACAGAUUGUCAUAAAAGUCCGGGAUCUGAAGAUGAGUACCAGUGCGAGCUUCAAAGUUUAGAGCCCGGGACCGCUUAUCAUCUGAGAAUAGAAUCCAAGACAGAUGGAGCACAAGCAAAUGUGUCCUUUACCACAUGUCCGUCUGCAGUUGAGGCCCUCCAGGUCUCUGGAUCCUAUGAAAGCCUAGACGUUUCCUGGCAGCCUGGCCCAGGCAGGGUUGAUGGUAUUCGGGUACUGCUCGUCGACAGUCUGGGCCUAAACGCCACCUGGAAUCAAACCCUGGAGAUCACUGCAACAUCCUACAGCUUCAGGAGACUGGUCCCUGGACGCCGGUACAAUGUCACAGUGGUGGUGGAGGCAGGGGGCCAAAGAGCGCUGCGCUUUAUGGUCACUCAAACAGUACCUGCCGCGGUCACCAACCUGAAGCUGGACGAUGAGGCCAGCCAGGACAGCCUGACUGCAUCGUGGGGGCGUCCGGCAGGGGACGUGGACGGCUACCUUCUUGUCCUCUCGGCCGGUGGGUCUGUCCUGCAGGAGAGGAACCUCCCGUCCAACGCCACCGAGGCCAUCUUCCAGCAGCUCACCCCCGGUCAGAGCUACAGCCUCUCCGUGUCCACCACCAACGGAGAGCUCUCCAACCGGACCAGCGCCCCUGGACAAACAAGCCCAGCCGGAGUGUCUGAGCUCACUCUGAGGAGCCUGGCCGACUGCAGCGGUCUGAAGCUGACAUGGUCGCCCCCUACUGGCGUGUGGGAGCGCUACCGCGUGCUGCUGCUGAAGGGCUCUGAGGUGAUGGCCAACCUGACGCUGAAGAAGACGGUGACGGAGCUCGACCUCGGGGACCUGGGCCUGGGCCCUGGGGAUGCGGACAGGGCUGCGGUCAUCGUGGAGAGCGGGACACUUGCCACGGCCAAAUACUGUGAUGGAGGCGCAGCCCCUGCUCCUGUCUCCGACCUGCACAUCCGUCACGCGGACGAGACGUCGCUAAGCGCCAUGUGGAGCCACACCCCUGGCUCUGCCCCUCGGAGCGAGUACAGGGUGGAGCUGCUCCAUGGCAAUACUACCCUGGGGGUCAGGGAGUUGGACGCAGAUAUGAGGGAGUGCACCUUCAAUGUGCUCACCCCUGGACGCGCGUACCAGAUCAACGUGCUGACCAUAACUGGGGCCUUUUGCAGCUCCGCCUCAGUGACCGGGAGAACGGCCCCUUUCGAGGUGCGUCAACUGAACAUCAGGAACAGAACAGCCGACUCCCUGCAGGCGACCUGGAUCCCGACGCCGGGGGACCUGGACUCGUACCGCCUGCUGCUGUCCCACGGCAUCCAGCUGGUCCUGAACGAGAGCGUGCCGGCCAACGCCACCUCCCGCUGGCUCCGGGGCCUGAUCCCCGGCGCCCCCUACAGGCUGCAGGUCCUAACCCUUAGCGGAGGCCUGGCCUCUAAAGCUGUCCUGGCAGAGGGGCGCACAGUACCCGCUGCUGUUAGCGAGGCCACCGUAAGCAAUAACGGUCGGCCUGACUUCCUUAGCGUAUCAUGGAAACCGGCACAGGGAGAGAUUGAUAACUACCAGGUCCUGCUGAAAUACGGCGACACGACCGUGCACAGCCAGGUGCUGUCCAAGAGCAGCCACGAGUGCGUCUUCAACUCCUUGGUGUCAGGUAGACUCUACACCAUCUCCAUCGCAACGCGCAGUGGCAGCUUCGAAAAAGUCACCAUCGUUAAACAUCGCACACAGCCUUCAAGCGUUCAGAAACCAACAGUCACCCACUCAGCUCGCGACAACUUCCUGAAGGUGUACUGGUCCCAUGCUGCUGGAGAUUUCGACAGCUACGAGGUGGUCAUCAAGUACAACAACACGGUCAAACAGAAAAAGAAACUGGACCGCUCCCAGAACGAGUGCAGCUUCGACUCCCUGGUCUCAGGGCGCCUGUACACAGUCACCGUGUCUACUUGGAGCGGAGACUAUGAGACCAGUGUAUCCACCGACGGAAGAACAUUGCCUGCGGCAGUGCAGUCACUCGCCCUGGCUGGAAGCAGCAGUGGGGUGUUGUGGGUCACCUGGUCUCGGGCACUGGGGGACGUGGAUCACUACGAGGUGCAGCUGCUCUUCAACGACACCCAGGUGUUCCCUCCCGAUAAGCUGGGCAGCGGCGCGCAUGAGCACCGAUUCUUAACGCUCACCCCAGGGCGCCUCUAUAAGAUUGUGGUGUCGACGUUCAGCGGUGACUUCCAGCGGCCUCAACGAAUUCAGGGACGCACAGUGCCUAGCCAGGUGAGAAGCCUCCAGUUGAUGCCUGGGAGCCACAGCGGGUCACUGAGGGCCGUCUGGACCCCUGGGGAGGGGGACGUGGACUCGUACGCUAUCGCCCUGACGCUGGGGGGUCAAGUGCAGGCCAGCCGCGAGCUGCCCAAGCAGGUGACGGAGACAGAGUUCCAGAACCUUCUGCCUGGCCAGCUGUACAACAUCACGGUGCAGUCUGUGAGCGGAGCGCUGGUCAAUAAUUGGACCAGCAGCGGCCGGACAGUCCCAUCUGCGGUGACUGCCCUGCAAGCGGACACAGAACACACCACCCACAGCCUGACGGUGACGUGGGAGCACCCGACGGGCGUGUACGACGGCUACGUCCUGCAGCUGCUGGACAACAACAACGGCGUGGUGACCAACGCCACGCUGCCCGCCGCCGCCUCUCGCCACCUGGUGCAGGGUCUGACGCCUGGCUGCUGGUACCGAGUGCGUCUGCAGACGCUCAGUGGGGGCACACGCAGCCCUGACGCCAGCGCUGAGGGACAGACACGUCCGGCUGCGGUAAACGGCCUGGCCGUGCGGACCAACACCACCAGCGAGCUGAGCUUCCGCUGGAGCGGCUCCGAGGGCCACGUGGACAGCUACGGCCUCUACCUCUACCGGCAGGACGACACAAUGCAGCACCACAGCAAGGUGGGGCCCGGCGCCCGCAGCUGCACCUUCCGCGACCUGCAGCCCGGCACGCUCUACAAGAUCGUGGUGCUGAGCCACAGCCGGGACAUGACCAACGACUCGUCCAUCUGGGCGCGCACCGUGCCUUCUCAAGUGCUGGGCCUGCAGGCGAGGCACCAGGAGCAGACGAACAGCCUGCAUGUAAGCUGGCGUCGUGGGCCGGGGGAGCUAAGCGAGAUCCUGGCGUCGCUCUACGGGCCCGACGGCUCCCAGCAGGCCGAGCAGCGCCUGGGGCCAGAGCGCACCGAGCACGUCUUCCAGGGCCUAGUGCCAGGGCGACUGUACAGCGCCAUGGUGACCUCACACAGCGGGGAGCUGAGCAACACGGCCACUGUCGCCGGACGCACGGUCCCACUCCCUCCGAAAUCACUCCGCUCCAGAUGCACUGAGGACGUCAACGGCACCGUGGAGAUGAUCUGGUCGCCCCCGGCGAUGGGCGACUUUGACGACUUUGAGCUGCAGUGGCAGCCGCGCGACCGGCUGUCUGUGCAGAGGGUGAGCUCCAUGCAGCGCGCGCUGACCGGUCUCUACCCCGGCCGCCUGUACAACUUCACCCUGCGCACCGUGAGCGGAGGGGCCAGUGGGGGCGCCGUAGGGGCCAUGGCCUACAGUCCGAUCGUCCGUAUCCCUGUCCGCACCGCUCCAGGGCAGGUGCUGCACAUGCACUGCCGGCCGCAGAGCUCCACGGCAGUGUCCUGCUCCUGGACGCCACCUGAGGCCGACUACGAUGGCUACGAGGUGGACUGCCGGCUUGAGGACACGGGCGAACGCGUCUACUCCAUGCUGCUCGAGCGCGACACCACACAGCACCAGAUCGAGAAGCUGGACCCGCACCGGAACUACGCCAUCUCCGUCCGCGCCAAGGCAGGGGCUCUCCGCAGCCCACCAGCUAAAGGGAGCGCCGUCACCAUGAUCGACCGUCCACCAGAGCCUCCAGAGAGUGUGCGGGUGAACGAGCGAGCUGCACGCGUCACUCAGUCCUCCAUCUUCUUCAAGUUCAACUGCAGCUGGUUCAGUGACGUUAACGGGGCCGUGCGCCUCUUCACCAUCGUUGUUGCUGAGUCUGACGAUGGCGAACUCGUUCAGCCAGAGCGAAAGCACCCGCUACCCUCGUACCUGGACUACAAGAUGAACAGCUCAGUGCGGGCCUACCAGACCAACUACUUCUCCAGCCACUGUGCCGACAAUCCUGACAUGGCAGGAAAGGUCUUUGAGAUCAACCUGGGGGCUGGGAUGGACACCUUGGGGGGAGCGUGCGAGCUGGACCCCGAUAAGAGGCACUACCUCAACACCUUCUGUGACGGACCUCUCAAGGCCAAAACUGCGUACAGGCUAAGCAUCAGGGCCUUCACUCAGCUGUUUGAGGACAACCAGAAGGAGCCACUCUUCACAGACACUUACCUGUCCCUGCCCCUCACCACCCAGCCAGAGCCUUUGAGUGGAAUAAUCGAGGGGCUCAGCGCAGGCAUGUUCCUGACGGGCAUGAUGAUCGCCAUCAUCGCUCUGCUCAUCUACAGACAGCGAGUCCGCAAAGUAGCUGUGCAGGAAGGCCCUGUGGUCAGGAUGAGCAUGUGGAAGGAGGUGCCGACCUCAGGGAUCUAUAUGGGCGUGCGGAGCAAUCGCCGUGUGACGAGCCCGGUGAAAGCUUCGCACUUUGAGACCCACCUCUCCAAACUGCUGGCCGACUCUAAUUACCUGCUCUCUGAGGAGUUUGAGGACCUGAAAGAUGUGGGGCGAAACCAGCCUCUGGAUGCAGCUCGUUUAUCGGAGAACCGUGGCAAGAAUCGAUACAACAAUAUACUGCCCUACGAUUCCACCAGGGUGAAGCUGUCCUACUUGGAAGACGACCCUUGUUCAGACUUCAUCAACGCCAGCUACAUGCCAGGUAAUAAUUUCCGGCGGGAGUACAUCGCUACGCAGGGGCCACUCCCAGGGACCAAGGAGGACUUCUGGAGGAUGGUGUGGGAGCAGAACGUGCACAACAUCGUCAUGGUUACGCAGUGCGUGGAGAAAGGCCGGGUGAAGUGUGACCACUACUGGCCCCAGAACAGAGAGCCGCUGUACUACGGGGACCUGGUGGUGCAGGUGCUCUCCGAGUCGGUGCUCCCAGAGUGGACCAUCCGCGAGUUCAAGAUCUGCUAUGAGGGCCAGCUGGCAUACCCGCGCGUGGUGCGCCACUUCCACUACACGGUGUGGCCUGAUCACGGCGUGCCCGAGACCACUCAGUCCCUCAUCCAGUAUGUGCGGACCGUGCGGGACUACAUCGACCGAGUGCCCACCUCAGGGCCCACCGUUGUGCACUGCAGUGCUGGAGUGGGUCGGACAGGCACCUUCAUCGCCCUGGACCGGGCCCUACAGCAGCUGGACAGUCGUGGGACGGUGGACAUUUAUGGCUGCGUCUUCGACCUUCGCCUCCACCGCUCGCACAUGGUCCAAACAGAGUGCCAGUAUGCGUUUCUGCAUCAGUGUGUGCGAGACGUCCUCCGAGCCAGGAAGCUGCGUUGUGAACAGGAGAACCCGCUCUACCCCAUCUAUGAGAACUUCAACCCAGAAUACUACAGAGAUAUUAUAUUCACUGGACACUAAAGGGUCUGAAGGAUCUUGCUGGAUUUUUUUUUUCUUUCAGUUUUUUCAUAGCUGGAGUACUACAGGGAAAUAGCCUUUAUUUUUGUAAGCUCUAUGAUGUUCAUUGGUUCUCAGCUAACUUCUCAAGUUUUUUAUAUAUCUAUUUAAAUGUCACAAAACAUUGUAUAUAUAUAAAUAUUUAUAUUUACUUUUUACAUUAAUACAUCAAUUUGCUAAGUCAUGCUGACUUUUUGCACCUAAUGAUUGGAGUUUCCAAGUAAUGAUUAUGUUCAAAUGCCAUACCAACAUAAACCCAUACCAAUAUACAGUAACUACCAAUAAAUUACCAGGAUAAGUGAUAUGCAUUUUGUGUUUGUACAUGCCUGAAAUGAGCAAGUUAGGUGCCAGUCAUAUAGGUUAAUGUGAAACAAACAUAGUUGUCUGUGUCUGGACUUUGAGAUAUUCACAUCAGACUUACUGCUUCGGCAAUGAGACUCAUUGGAGGGUGUUUGAUUGCUGUUGUCUUAGCUGAAGUCAUUGUGGAGCCUGUUUAAGUGUUAUUGAAACUGUCAAGUGUAGCAGAGCUGCUUGCUCGAAGUGCUCAGGCCUUUUACAAUGCUGCCCGAAGAAAUGGCUCCUUUGUUUUUAUUCCACCUAUCGGCAGACAGCACUUCCUGCUGAAGAUGGGUAAAUUUGGCUGUGCAUAGCCAGAGUGUAGCUGUAGUGUAGUGUAGUGUAGUGUGUGUGUGUGUGUGUGUGUGUGUGUGUGUGUGUGUGUGUGUGUGAGUGUGUGUGUGUGUGUGUGUGUGUGUGUGUGUGAGAGAGAUUGCUACCUCCUCUAAUGGUUCGUUCAGUGGCUUGUAGCAGUUCCAGUGCCUCCAGCACGUUCCCCAUCCCCGAGACAACAGUUGAGAAAAACAACAACAUAAACAUUGACACGAAUACCAAGAAAAUAAUCAAAACCAAAUGCCCAUUUAUCUCACUGAAAUUUGAAUUAAAUGUCAAAGCGCUGACCUACUGUAACACACUCCCCAGGCGGAGAAUAUGUCCUUUUCAUAUCGGAAGUCUGACAUUUCUGAUCAGAUCUUCACAGCUAAGCCCAGAGGAGCUCUUCCCGUCUGUCUCACUGAAAGCUGUUGUGGUUGUCAUUACCUGGACCAAACAGCAGAAUUUCAUCUAAAAAAGAUCACUUUUUUUUUAGGUGGACGCAUUUUGCUGCAUGCAAAUGUUAUUGAAAGGAGAGAUUGUAGCUUACUUCCCCUCUCAGCCCCCAAACACCUCUCUCAAUUUGACAUCACAGUCAUCGUUUUUUGUUGUGAGGCCUUCUUAUUCUUCACGACAGAAAAUUGACUCCUGUACAGAAACACACACACACACACAGGGACACACAGGAGUCGGUAGUCAGUAUAAUACAGAUGAGUAGAGGACAGCAAGCACCCUUUAAAAAUCUAUGAAGCUGACCUACAAAGCAGAACCAACGAUGCAGUGCUAAGCUGUAGCCCUGGGUCACUAAAGCACACUCCUUUUCCUCCCCUCCUCAACAGUGCUUCCUCUUCUCGGUUUGUUUGUUUGUUUGUUUGUUUGUGGGUUUGUUUGUUUGUUUGUUUGUUUGCGGGUUUGUUUGUUUGUGGGUUUGUUUGCUUCAUCAUCACCUGAACCUCCCACAUGAACCCUGCCAGUCCCACUCUCCAUUGCUAUGUGCGUUGCCUUGGACCUGUUGAAAGGGAUCAGGGGAAUCGGUGCUGAACCCCUCAGUGUUGUUUAUCCUCACCAAUGCUUUGUGUAGGAUACCUACAUUUUUAGAGGAACCCAAACUGUUGUUUAGCUCAUAGCAUAGCAGAGGGAAGAGGGAAAUCUUUAUUUACUUCCAUGGAAUGUUUUCCAACACCUUUUGACAGAUAAAGGUGUCAGACUGAUUGACCUUGUGAAUGUAAGAAUUUAUAGAUGCCUUUAUCAGGAUUUCUUCCUUCUUUUAAAAAAAAAAUGUAACUGUAUAUAUGCACUUAACUGCACACUUUAGUUUCCAAAGAUAUCUAGUCAGGAAUAUGGAAGUGUCUGUUUUGUUGGUCAAAAUUAUCUUAAAUUGAUUUAAACAUAACUGGACUAAACAUUAGAUAGGGUUACAUGUUUCAUUCCAUUGAUUUGAUUAGAACCUUGUCUUAAAAACUCUCUAGAGGGUGGCAGUUGAUAUGAUCCUGUCCUAGAAAUAAAGAUUUUGUUUUUCUUGGCAUGGGAAAAAUGAAUUAUUAUAAUUUCCAUAUAUAUAUAUUAUGUAUUAUUAAUUUCAAACAUGAAUCUUAUCUGCUCGCAAGUGAAAUGUAAUAAGAAAUUCUUGGUAUUCAUCAAAAAAUCUGGUCAUUUUCAAUAUGAUGCCUCAACUCAUGAGGAAUAGUUUGUUUCCCUUUGGUUCAUGUUUAUUUAUUAAUCUAUUUGUUUUAUGCCAUUUGAAUUCACAAACAUGUGUAAGAAAAGUUAUCUUGUCAGCUCAUCUAAUCUCUAAAUCUAAUGUUUUAUAUGCUGAAUUUGUUUUGUGGUCAUCGUAAAAAAACUAUGCUUGCCUAUGAUAGUCCUUAAAAUGUGAUAAUGAAACUAUGAUACAAUUAAGGAAAUUGUUCAUAUUUUUUUUUUCAUUUUUUCAAUGAAAAUAAUAACAUACACUGGAUUAAAUAAAUAGGAUUGUACAUAUUUUAUUAAAUGUGGUAUUUUACACACAAUAAGAAUAUAGCCUGCUUGUACCCAUCCUCUGUUAUGUGUGCAUGUAUAUCUAUGCUGAUAUUAUAGAUUUAUGAGAAUAUAUGCUGGCUACUGAGACAAAGUGAAAAUGUCACACGUGUAACCUUACAUGUCAUUUUAUACCCCAUACACAUGACACAUAUGCUAUCAUGAAGGAAAUGUUAAGAAAAUAGUUUGAUGUCACAGUGUCCUCUGAAUGUUUUGUUUCAUGUUGUUUGUAUCAUUAUGUGUUAUGUUGUUAUUUCUUUGAUCAUUAUAGUCACUGCAAUGCAUUGAAAUGAUGUGCCAUUUGAUAGAUGCCAUUGCUGUUAAACGUGAAAUCCGUGAAGAAAAAGCCAGAGUUAUGGUGCCUGACAGCCUGUUCAAUCUGUGUGCACUGAUCUUGUGACUCUUCGUUCUCCCCUCAAAACUCUUACGGACAUUAAAAUACAUCACUUGGAGUUCGGUUAAAUCAGAGGUGGCAGUAUGAGUAAUAACUUCGUCCCUGAUGUUGCUAUUGGCUUUUUAAAAAUGUUUUUCAGAGGAAUGUCAUAGCCCAAAUUUGCAAAUGAUACACUGAAAAGAAUACAAAUUCAAAUGUAGAGACAAGAUGAAGACAUGCUGACUUCCUCAAUAAAGCAAUUAUGCCCAACUAUAAUAAACAAAA